AUAGGUUUUUUUUACUCCCUCUAAAUGAACAAUAUUUCAAAGUCCUUAUAAAAUUAAUUGGUUUACGAUUUUGGACUAAAGUUAUACCAAGUUGUGGAGUAUUUUAUAUAAUUGAUUCAAGAACUAUUGAACAAAACUGGAAUAUUUGGGGGGUAUUUAAGCAGAAAGGACUGCUGUUAAAAUGGGCAAUCUUUGCGUAUUAUAAUGAUGAAAAUUCAGAUAUGUCUGAAGAGGUAGACAGCCCUGACUUUUUUGGACUGGAUUUACUAAAAUUUAAUGGAAAGAAUUGUGGAUUUAAUAACUUGGAGAAUAAUGUAAAUACAAGACGGAAAAGUGAGAACAAUGAGCAAUCACUUUACGAGGAAAAGUCAUUUGUCUCAAAUGAGACGAAAAAUAAUAAAAAAGUUUUAAAAUCAUAUAGUGAAAAUUUUGCUGCUAAAAAGAAACAACGAAGAUGUGGCAUUCCCAAAAGGUCAAAGAAGGUUGCAAGAAGACUGAGAAAAACCAGGAAAUCAAUAAGGCAACAUAAAAGUUGUUAUAGGUUGGUGAAAAAGCCGUGGAAAACACAAUCAGUACGUGAAGGCAGUGUCCUCAGCACUAUUGUGUAUAAUUAUACGGACAAACCGGAAACGGACAAUUUAAUGUUUCCUACUAAUAACCAAGAUUCAAGCAGAAGAAGAAGGCAAGAACAUGGACAACAGCAACAGUCAUCAGUGCAACGCAGCCAACUGGAAUCUGAUACUCCGGGAAGGGUGUCAGAUGAUGUCAGAGACCCACCGGGACAACAGAGUAUAUACAUUCCUCCUGGUGACAACAGACUUGAACAAUACCGUUUAUCAACAUUUGAGCAUUAUCCAAUCUCUUCUCCAACAACCAGAAAAUCUAUGGCAAAAUCAGGAUUUUACUUCACCGGAUUUUUCGAUCGGGUGAAAUGUUUUGCUUGUGCACGAACAGUGGAAAGAUGGAAUAAUACAGACAUUCCUUCUGAUGUGAGAUGGCAUAAGGAAAGUUGUCCAUUCCCAAGACGAGAAGAUUGUGGAAAUGUUCCCAUCAGAAGUUUAUUCGGUGGAAUCAAUAUUGGUGGUGCUUCAGCACAAUGGAAUAGCAGACAAAACGAACAAGUCUUGGAGCAGCGGGAUCCGACCACAGGAGCAAUCACAAGAGUUGUGAGAUUUCCUGCUGAUUUGCCAGAAAGAAUGAGACAAACAGGCGGCAGCUUUCGGAUUGGGCCGAACAACACGGUCCAUAUUCAAAAUGGCCCUGGAACGACUCGAGGUCGGCUACCCGGUGUUCAACAAGCGCCUAUGCCGCCCAAUCAAUGGAGAAUGGCAAAUGUUAUUUCAUCUGAUCACAGAAGAUUUUUAACUAAUUUACAUUUGAACAGAGAACUCGACAGAGUUGCUUCAUUUGCCCGAUGGCCUGUCGGUCGCCCUAAUGUACCUCCAGCUGCUUUAGCAAGAACAGGAUUCUUCUAUCUUGGUGACAUGGACAGAACUCAAUGCUUCUCAUGCGGAGGAGUUUUGAGGAAUUGGACUCUUGAGGAUGAUGCAUUGGAUGAACAUCGAAGUCACUUCCCAGCUUGUCCAAUGAUUCUUGGAACGGAACAGAGAAAUGUCAAAGUCCCUGAGUAUCCCGAUACUCCAGAUGAAAGAGCAACAAAUUUUCCAUGCAGAUUCCCAUCCAACCCCCACAUGAGAAAUUUAGCAGCAAGAGAAGAUACUUUUGAUCGUCGAUGGCCGGUGGGAAGAACAGCUGCAACUCCUGCAGAAAUAUCACAAGCUGGAUUCUUCUUUCUAGGAGAGAGAGAUCGAGUCAAAUGCUGGUAUUGUAACGGAGGACUUCAGCACUGGGAAUACGAUGAUAUACCAUGGGUCGAACAUGCAAAAUGGUUUCCGACCUGUCAGUUUUUAUUGCAAGUAAAAGGACAACAUUUUGUGUAUCGGCAUUUGUCUCUCAGUCCACAUCUUGCUCGUCCAAUCAUUGCUUGUCAAGAUGGGUCACCACUAGAGGGAGUUAACCAGCCAGGAAGAUCACAUGAUAUUCCACCGAAUGUCAGUAGAGCGCAACAACCUAGCCCUCCUCCUGUGAUUAUCGAUCCACAAGAAGAAAUGCGAAAAAAAAAAGAAAGGGUGGAAAAAGAAAUAAAAGAUUCUGAUGUUGUGAAGAAUGUUCUAGCUAUGGGAUUCUCGGAAAGAAUUGUACGAAUCCUUCUUGAAGAAAAAAUUGAAGCUAAUACAGAAGCCAGUUCUCAAGAAAUCUAUGAUUCAGUCGCUAUAUUACUGGAUGACGUCGUGAAGAAGGAAGAGGAAAUUGAGAGGGAAGAUCAGGAAAGAAGAAUGAAUGAACAAGCAAGAUCUACUGAAAUUGCUGCACAAGGAGCGGCUUCGAUGCUUUUUCCUUCAGCUUCUUCUGUAUACAGCACUGCAACUACACCAAUGUCAUCACUUGGACCUUCUCCAGGAUCAGGAAAAUAUCAAGUUUCUUUAUUUGAUGAAAACGAAGAUGAAGAAGCCAUGGAUCAGGAUAUGUAUGGAAGUGUUGCUGGAUCAUCCAGUCAAGAAACAACAAAAAAACAGGUAGCAGGCAAUGAGGAAAUGACGCCAUCACUUCGGGAACAACUGCACAAGAUAGAAGAAGAGAGGAUGUGCAAAGUUUGUUUCACCAAUCCUGCUGAAAUGGUGUUCGUGCCAUGCGGACACAUAUGCUGCUGCAUGCAAUGCACGGAGGCAAUAUCUCAUUGCCCUGUCUGUAGGGUAAAAAUACAGAGGGCAAUUAAAACAUAUUUGUCUUAAAUGGCGCUUCCGUAGUAUGUGAACCAAGAUGGGGGACACUGAAAUGUAGUAUGUGUACCAGGUUGGGGUUAGGCCAUAAU